UUGGUCAAGUUCGUUACGAGUUUUUUCUACGGUGCUAAACCCAACAUCUCGGACCGGAUCAAUGAGUUACCCAUCUAACUCCUCUAUAAAUACGCAUUAAACCAAUUAAUAACACACUUAAACAUUCAUAAAUCUUUCUCGAAAUUCAAGUCCAUGUCCGAAGCUUCUUCUUUGCUAAUACCCAAAACAAACCCUUUAGUUACAUCGGAACCAAUGGCAAACAAAUCCCUGACAGGCCUCGAGAGUCUCAUAAAGCUUCUCCCAACAGGAACACUCUUCAUCUACCUCUUACUCAACCCUGUCCUCACAAACGACGGUGAAUGCUCCACAUCUAAUAAGGUCAUAUCAAGCAUUCUCAUCGCUCUUUGCAGCUUCUCUUGCGUGAUUUCAUGCUUCACCGAUAGUUUCAAAGGCACGGACGGGUCAAGAAAGUAUGGUAUAGUCACCAGAAAGGGUCUUUGGACUUACGCAGAUCCAGGAUCCGUGGACUUGUCUAAGUACAAGCUUAGGAUUGCUGAUUUCGUUCACGCGGGUUUCGUGGUGGCUGUGUUUGGAGCACUUGUGUUGCUUGACGCUAAUACCGCAAGCUGCUUUUAUCCUCGGUUUAGAGAAACGCAAAAGACUCUGGUCAUGGUUUUGCCUGUGGCUGUGGGCAUUGCCUCGGCCGGUAUCUUCGCUAUAUUUCCUAGUAAACGGAAUGGACUCGGGUAUGCUCCAAGUGGUGAGAAGGAGGAAGAGGAGACCAAGAAGGAUGCAGGCUCUGCAUGAGACGUAGUUGAUUCUAUUGUUUGUUAUCUUGGUCAAGAUUUAUUAAAGAUAAAAGAAAACGAUUGUAUGCUUAAAAGAUUUAUUUAGUUCUUUUGUAAGUCGUUACCAUAAAUGUAUGUUGUAUGGAAUCUUAUAGUAUUUCAGAAUAAAACGACGUUACCCUAUAAACAAGAGCUUGUGUGUCUUAUCUAUAUAAGUUCAUUAGCCAAACUUUAUGAAGAUUUUAUAGUUUAUAAUUCCAUGUAUCUUCCGACAUCAUAUUAGCUUUUUAUUGUCCGGACGAUGUUUUGCUUUGCUUUGUUAAGGGAAUGUUUGAAGCUGCCAUGAGAUCGAUCUUUGUUUAUAACUAAUUCGAGUUUGACUAUAUGGUGAUCAGAAGUACCGUUGGAAGAAAGAAUUGAAUAAGAGCCAGGUACAAAUUCGAAAGGCGACUCAGGAGAUGUCAGAAUCUACAUCAGAUGAAGGGAUUCAGAUAUUAUUAUUGCCAUGAUUUUUUUUAAUUAUUGCCAUGAUUUAGUAUACUAAUCAAUGUAAGAACAAAACUAACGAGAAACUAGCUUUGGCUUUUGGCAAUAAUGGUUCAAAUUUGAAGUGAUACUAGCUAUUUCUCAUGGGAAAAGGAUAUUCUGAUUAAAAUGGCUCGAACCCAAAAUCCUGAAUACUUGUUCUUAACCUAAACGGUACCCGAAUGCCGAACGCAUAGUGUUGUAAGGUUAAUUGUAAAAUGAAAAGCCCAUGCGGUUGAGUGGAGAAGAGAGGAUGAUAAUACAUGGCUGAAGAUGUCCCAUGACGAAAAAUAAAUAUGGAGUUGCUUUACACUAUUUAAAAGCCCAAGUCAAAAUUUCUAGUCCUUUAAGUUUUAAGUAGAAGACUUAAAACCCAAUAUCAUAUGUUUAUUGCAGGUCUCAACCAUAAUAUAAGAUACGGUUUCUUAAUUUUUAAUUAAAAAACACUAAGAGACGUCUAUUAAAUAAGAGAUUUAAGAGACGUCUCUUAGUUUUUUUAGUUAAAAGAUAAAAGACCGUAUCUUAUAUUACGCUAAGAACCCCAACAUAAAAGACCUGCAAUAAACAUGUUCUAAGUGAUUCAUGAGGUGAAUAUUGCUUAACAGCACAACAUCCCCGAGAAAUAUUUUUAAGUUAUGGUUUUUGGUUCAAUGCUGAGAGGUGUCAUCACCACAACUUUUUUUACAACUCCUAUUAAAAAAUACACAACUUACUAGAAUAAUAACAGAAAUGCCAUUAUAGACCACCAUUUAUUUAUAAAGUUUUGUGAAAUCAUAAUUAUUGUUCCCAUCGAAUCCAUCCAGACCACUUCAAGUUUGAGUGAUAAAAUAACUGUUUGAUGCAAAAAAAAAAAACAAAAAAAAAAGAAUCUACGCUCUAAAUCCGGUUGACAACCGGUUUAUUAAUAACAUAAUCUUUGAUUAUGAAUGGUAUUUAAAGUACUGUCUCUUGACGUCUUAGUUGUAAUAUGAAAACGGUAUUACGUUUGUAAUCCAAAAAGUAUGAUAAAUACUGACACUGUACAUUUUAGAAAAUAUCUGGGAUCAAAACACCUUGGGGCUAUCUUGGUUUCGGGUAUCUGGCCAAAAAAAUAUAAAUUUAAAUGUUAGUGAAAUACUGAAAUGACAAUCAACAAACUUUUGUGGUCAUGUUGUAACUAAUAAGUUUAGUCAUGUACAAUGGGUUCGUGCUAUAAGAUUAAUAGUGUAAAUUCAUCUGCAUAUAGGUUUCAUUUCCAAGAUGACUUCUUGCACUUAGGUUUCAUACCGAGGCAAAUAGAAAUAUGAAGUUACUUUAGCAAAAAAUGUUAUUUGUAGGGUUCUCAUAUGAUAUUGGUACAAUCGUCCGUUUAUGUUAUUCAAAAUUGUCUUCUAAAUCCAUGAAUUAAAUAUAAAUCUUAAAAUGACCAAUAAAGUAAACAAAAUAUUAUGAUAUUUUAUAUUUAUAGUUAAUACAUUAAAUGUGAGAAUUUGCUAAUGUGAGAAUUUCGUAACGUGGCAAUGGUAUAAUUACUACGUGCUACAUGUCUAAAUUUAUAUCAUUCCAUUUUUUCGUAAGUAUAUCGAAAUAAAUGCUGACUUCAUGUGCAAAGUUUACAUUUAAUUCAUGAUUCGAGUAUGUUGUAUGUAGCAUGUAUAUUUCCACAAUUAACUAAAGGCUUCCUUAACAUUCGAAGAUUCAAUUAAUCAUAUAUUGUUAUCACAAAUGUAAAAUAUCUAUUAUCCCCUAUAUAUUAAAACAGAAGCAUUACAAUAUUAGAAAAAAUGACACAUGUUAUCACGAGAAUGAUUUUCAAAAAUCUUUAGAAAAGUAAGUUGGUCUAUCUAAAUAUAAACUAUAAUUUUCAUUCAACUGAUCAUAAAAUCAUUUAUUAGUAUUAAAAGUUAUCCUUCUUUCUUUCUUUAAAUAAAAGCGGAAUUAUCUAAUGUUAUUAAAAUAUAUAUAUAACAAUUAAUGAUUUCCAAUAACAAAGAUUUGCUAACAAUUUAUAUACAGUCA